AUGCCCCUCUUCAGCACCGGCGGCGAUGGCGGCAAGAGGCCGUCUCCCCCAGCUGCCCUUUACCCAUACCCCUUGCCCACCAUAUAUCGAUUGCUAGCUCAGGGAUUAGCCUCGUUUCUAGUCGAUGACGAAAUGAUUCAAGUGAAAUGCGAAUUUUGUAUAGGUGACAACGAGGAGCGUUUCGAAUUUGAAGUGGGACAUCAACUCCGAGAUCAUCUAAUCAAAAGUCAUGCAGAAGAAGUGGCUCGGGCUUUUCUCUUUCCCAAUAUUGCUGAUCCUAAGCACAUUUUUUUGAUGGGAUGUGUUGAAUUUAACACCGCAACAGUAGGAGUUGAUGGAGAAACGUGCAGUUCAGCUGAACUUUCCCCAACGGAUACAGUGUCUCCGAUAGAAGGGCUUCCCGUCGAGGAAGGCUCACUGGAUGAAAAUGAUGAUGAAACAGGUGUUGGCGUAAAUCUUGUUGAUGUCAUUGCUACUCUCAUUGGUUCUACAAUGCAGCCAACAAUUAAUGGAAAAACACGCAAGAGAGGGUUCCCUUCGCCGACAAAAGAUACACCAAUGAAACGCUUUCAUAGAAUUAACGAUGAUGUUAUGGUGAAUGAUGGAUUUUCGGCUCAUUCAACCUUUGAUCCGGCAUCUUUAUUCGAAAAUGCUGAAGCUUUGGCUUCUGCUAGUGGAAUGGUCGAAAAUGGGCGAAAAAUUAAAGAAGGAACUUGCAAAUCGUGUCAUCAAGGAGUGUCGAUGUCAGGCCGUUAUCGCCACGUUCUUGAAGUUCAUGUUAAUAAAGAAGAUAUGUUCACUUGUUCGGCUUGUGAUUUUUCUCAUUGCAGCUCAAUAGCCGAAGCUAGAAAUCACGCCGGCACUGCUCACCCUGACGAAAACGCGUGCCCACAAAGCAAUGAACUGAAAUAUCGAACGUUGAUUCAACAAUGGAUGAGAAGAUGCUUUGAUGAUUGGAAAACAGUAGAUAUUCGGCCUGAAGUACAAAGAGUCGAUAACGGAGAUUCUGGGGGUGCGAGUGAGGAGCCGGAGGAUGAUUUACUAGAAUCGGAUCCAAGAACACCUCUCGGAAAUAUCGAUCCAGCAAAUGUUGAUGAGAGAACGUGUCAACUUUGCUGGGAAGAGAGCAGAUAUCCAGGCCGACAUUUGGCUCAAAAGCAUCUACGAAAGCCAUUAUAUGAAUGCCCGGUUUGUGAAGGAUUCGGCAGUUAUGAGAGUUGCACUGUUGUUAAACAUAUGAUGAAGGUGCAUACAGAGGUCGAAGAUCCGCAACCAAUAUCAAACCUUGAGAAAUAUGCUGAAGAAAUUCGAGAUCUACAGAUUCGUUGUUUCCCGAAAAGACCAAUGAAGCUAGUGAAAGCUUCAAUGGGGUCAAAGCCAAGAGAAAGACAUCUUUGUAAUAAAUGCAACACUCAGGUGGCUCAAUCUGAUCGCCAAAGACAUGUCUACCACAAACAUCUUCAAAAGACUCGCGUAUUUGAGUGCCCAAUCUGUGAUUUUGCCUCAAAUUAUGAUGUUCACAGAGUAAAAUGGCAUCUCAAAUGGGAGCACAAAGAAGAGGGAAAAGAUCUCGAGCCGGUCUCGCAUGAAAACGAAUAUCGAGAGGCGAUUGAUCGAUUAAAUGAAGAGUGCUUCCCCGGAUGGACACAUCGACGGAAACCAUUUUGGUGGUUAGAUCAAGAAGAAGCUCAACAAAGGGUUUCACAGAUUCGAGCCAAAAAGAAGAAAGAAGAUACAUCAAUGGAGCAAGACUCAAUAGAAGAAGAAAGUGUUGAGAAUGGGGUCGAUGAAUUGCUGAGUCAAUCACUCAGUGAAUAUGCUUGCAAAUUGUGUGGAAAAGAUUUCAAACCAUCAGCGAAUUUCCUUCGACACGUAGCAAAAGAACAUCUCUCGAUACCGCUUUAUCAAUGCCCACUUUGUGAAGGCUUUGGCGCUCAAGAUGCCUACGGGAUUCGUGCACAUACUUUGAAAGCUCAUUCAAGAGCUGACGUGCAACCGCUUUCAAAUAUGGAAACUCACUCUGAAGAGAUUCAACGUGUCUAUUCACAGUGUUUCCCUGGACGAAAGUUAAAGAAUUUACCGGAUAAGCCGCUUAAACGUGAAAAAUCAUCGGCCGCACAACGAGUCGAGACAAGGUCAAAAAGACGAAGCAAUAUUGCUGAAAGUUCCAAGUCAAAACAAGACAAAUCGGAGCCUCGUAUCUCACGUGGUCGUCAUCGGUGGGAUGAUGAUGACGGGAAAGUUGUGUGCACGCAGUGCAAUAUGGAGAUGAAAACUGAGGAUCGACAGAUUCAUGUCUACCGACAUCAUCUCAAAGAGUCACGAUUGUAUGAAUGUCCACUCUGCGAUUUCUCUCAUCAUGCGUGCAGCAGUGAUGUCCGCUCGCACAUAAAAUUUGUGCAUCGUAAUCAAUCGGAAGUGAUGCCAAGAGCAAACUUGCUCGAAUUUUCGGAAAAAAUCGCAGAAUGGAACGAUAAAUGUUUUCCCGGUUGGAUCAAUCGAAGACUUCCCACAAUUGCGGCCGAAGAUUUCUCAAGUUGUCGUUUAUGUGGAGAAGAGGUGCGACAAACUUCGCGUCAUAUUGCAGAAGUCCAUUUAAAAAUUUCUCUUCAUCAAUGCCCACUUUGUGAAUACGGAGCCGCUGAAUCACGUCUUGUUAUCAGACAUUUACGCAACAAUCAUACGAAAAAGGAAGCUAAGGGACAAGAACCAAUCUCAAACGUUGCACUGCGAAGGGCCGACUUUUCAGCGGUGCAUGACAAAUGCUUUCCAGGAAGGCCAAAACGUCUUUCCAAUAUAACUAUAUCAGAAGAAGGAAGACGAGCAAAGUGUCGAAGCUGUGGUUCAACAGUGAGCAAGAAAAAGCGGUUGUCACAUUUACUCGAAAGACACCUCAACAUAGCAUUCAUAAAGUGUAAAUCUUGUGAUUUCACACACACCUACGAUGAGAAGCUUUUGAAAGAACAUAUUACUCAAAAGCAUGAAAAUAGCGGGAAAAAUCAGGAAGAGAUCUCAUUGAACAAGCAUUUCGGUGAAGUCUCCGAGUGCAGUCGAGCCUGUUUUCCUGAUUGGGAUCUGAAGAAAGCUGAUCUUCAGCAUUACUCUUAUGUACUG